AUGCAGCCGAAGAUCAAUACCUUCUUCAAGCCAUUUCCUUCUCCAUCUUCCCGCGAUUUGUGGGCCGCACUUCCUCAAGACUCAUCGCCGGUGCCGGAAAUCACCGUCACCUACAAGCGCCAAAAGGCUGAGCAGCUAGGUGAGGUCGAAAGUGGAUUGUGUAGCCAAGCAUUGGAGAAAAGUGAUUGUGAGGACAAACUAGUCAAAUGGGAGCAUGCUAAGUGUAGCCAAAAUCUAAAUAAGAAGAGAAAUUAUGCACAAUUGCAUCUGGAGGUCGGUCAAUCUAAUUUUCUCUGGCGUACAUGUACAACAUGCGGCUACAAGUAUGCUCCAGGGGUUGAAGGUGAUGAAAAAGCUCACAAGAGAUUUCACAAGAAUUACACUCAUGGGGUGCCCUUUAAGGGCUGGCGUAGUGAGAGGAUUAUAUAUGCGCCUGAGAAGGGACGCAUUAUUUUAGUGCAAGAAGGUGAUCCUCCCUCUCAGCAAAAUAAGGUUCAGGAGGUUGUGCAAAUGAUGGAAAUGGAGCUUGGGGAAGGGUGGAUAAUGGAUAAGCACUGUAAGGUAUAUUUAUUCAUUUCUUCACAACGGAUAGCCGGGUGCCUAGUAACUGAGCCAAUAAAAAAGGCCUACAGGAUUGUCUCCACUUCAAAGGGUGAAGACAGGAAUGCGUCUGCAAAGACAGAAAGGAAAAGUUCAACCGCUCUUCAAUUUGGCAGUGUUAAUCUUCAGAGGGAAAUCGUAAAAAGAGAUUCUAUUGAAAGAAGUCCAGAAGAAGGAAGCUUUAACGGCAUGAUAUUACGCGAGGAUGAGGCCGUGCCUGCCAUUUGUGGCAUUAGAGCCAUUUGGGUCACUCCCUGUAACAGGAGGAAGCACAUAGCCAGUAACCUACUUGACGCCGCACGGAAGAGUUUCUGCAAAGGCUCGAUUCUCAACCACAUGGAGAUCUCGCCGCAUAGUGUAUCUUCCCAGCUCCGUGAGGAUCACCGGUCGUCUUGGCCAACCCCAACUGUGGGAGUUCGCCGCUCUGUAAGGUUCUGGAUUGUGUGCCUCUUUUCUGCUUAUUGGAACUUGGCUGCUCGAUCGAGCCGCCGUGCCCUUUUCUGCCAGGCCGCUGGUCCGCCGAGCUGCAAGACAGCGAGCAGCCUUGGGCACUGCCGCCUUGUAGCCUAG